AUGCUGCCAACAGCCUUACGAGGUGCCAUUCGUGGCGUUCAGCAUGUAAGGACUGCUUGCCUAUCUGUUUCAGCUCCUCUCUCUCAAGCACAAACUACCAAGCAAGAAGAGAAACCAAAGAAACCCACAAUCUGGAAGAUCGACGAGCAGAAAAGAGACCGUUUAGCCAACUUCGGUCGCUAUGCUGCUGAAUGUCUUCCCAAGUUUGUACAACAAGUUCAGUUUGCUGCUGGAGAUGAGCUUGAGUUACUGAUUCAUCCAACAGGAGUUCUUCCAGUUCUCUCUUUCUUGAAGGGUAACCAUUCCGCUCAGUUCACCAAUUUGACUUUCAUCUGUGGUGUUGAUGUGCCUACAAGAAAGAAUAGAUUCGAGGUUGUCUAUGCUCUUUACUCACCUCGUUUCAACGCUCGUUGUCGUGUUCGUACUUACACCGAUGAGAUCGCAGCUAUUGAGUCUGCUACUCCUAUCUUCAAGGGAGCUGAUUGGUUCGAGCGGGAAGUUUACGAUAUGUAUGGAGUCUGGUUCAACAACCACCCAGAUCUUCGCCGUCUUCUCACCGAUUACGGUUUCGAGGGUCAUCCAUUCAGAAAAGAUUUCCCCUUGUCCGGUUUCAACGAGGUCAGAUAUGAUCCUGAGUUGAAGCGUGUCGUCUACGAGCCUAGUGAAUUGGCUCAAGAGUUCCGUAAGUUUGAUUUGGAAACUCCAUGGGAGACUUUCCCAGCCUUCCGUAACGCUUCGAUUACUAGUGGAUAUGAGACGAUCGAGAUUAACAAACCAAGCGAAUCUAAAUAA